UCACCUACCAAGUAAACAAAACAGCAUACACCCCAGAUCACCGUCAACAUGCUCGUCGUCCAAGAACUCGCCCACCACCCUCUCAUCUCCCACUUCCUCCGCUACACCUCCACCACCAUGGGCCGCGACAAAAUCUACCGCAUCAUCCAAUACUUUGCCCGGUUCUACGCGUACUACCUCCUUCGCCAGGGUGCGCCCAAGGAUACGAUCGUGCCAUGGAAUAGCUUGAAGAAUAAUUUGGCGUUGGGGAGGAAGUUGAUGAGGGUGGGGAAGAAUGUUGAGCAUGUCAGGGCUGCGGCACAGGCUGUUGAGGGGCUGGGCAAGGGAGGGGGAGAUGUUGUGGGCAAGGCGUUGCAGGUUGGGAGGCAGGUUGGGUAUGCUGGAUACUUGACCUUUGAUAUCAUGCAAUACCUCCACGGCGCAGGUUUCAUCCAACACCCAAACAUCAAACGCAUCGCCGACAACGCCUACAAAUGCUGGCUUACAGGCCUCGCCUUUAACAUCAUCCACGGCCUCUACAAACUACGACAAAUCUCCACCCAGCGCGCCGCGCUCACUCUCUCCACCACAGCCGCGGAAGAGGAGAAGACCGAUGUGAAGAAGCUGGACAGGGAGAGCAAUGCGGCGAGUUAUCAGUUGUUGCAGGACUUGUUGGAUGUUACAAUUCCGGGGAGUGGGUUGGGGUUGUUGCCGCUUGAUGAUGGGGUUGUGGGUGUUGCGGGUGUUGUAUCGAGUAUUUUGGGGGCGAAGACGCAGUGGAAGAAGACUGCGUGAACGAAGCCGUAAGCUGAGUUCUGAGGGGAAGCCAAGCGUAUAUACGACAACGAAGGAGGAGACGUGGGUAAUGGGUGUACGAUAUGAAUAGGAUGGC